GUCAAAUUCGAGAAAGCUUUGGGUCCCUCCAUUACCAUCCACCUCUUUCUGGGUCACUUCAGUCAAGCUUAAAAUGGUGACUAACCGUGGAGAAAGUUCUCCUGCUUCUGAACAUGUGGUCAACAAUAGAAAAUGUAUUGUCUGCAACAAGGAUGAUUUCUUACCAGAGGAAUCAUUUAAGAGCUUGGGAAACUACCUGAACGCACUGGCAAACACUAAAACAAGGCUCAAAGAUCGUCUCUUCGCACGCUCCAUCGAUCACGUUGAGCUGCACCAAGUGCGUGCACGUAGCCACCACAACAUGAAGAAAACACUCAACUGGUGGGAUAUUAUCUGGUUUGGCCUUGGUGCUGUUAUGGGCGCUGGAAUCUUUGUCCUUACCGGUGAAGUUGCCAGGAAUUCUUCCGGUCCUGCAGUUGUCAUUUCAUAUCUCAUCUCAGGUAUAUCUGCUUUGCUUUCAGUGAUAUGCUACACUGAAUUCUCUGUUGAGUUACCUGUGGCUGGAGGCUCAUUUGCUUAUCUGAGAGUUGAGCUUGGUGACUUAAUGGCAUACAUUGCUGCUGGAAACAUUCUGUUUGAGUACGUAAUUAGUGGUGCUAGUGUGGCAAGGUCUUGGACUUCUUACUUUGCCACUCUAUGCAACCAUGACCCGAAUGAUUUUCGCUUGAAUGUCCUCUCGAUGCCCGAGGAUUACAGUCAUUUAGAUCCUAUUGCAGUCGUCAUCUCUAUUAUGAUUUGUGUUGGUGCUUGCUUGAGCAUCAAAGGUUCAUCAAGCUAGUUUUGCUCCAAAUGGGAUAAGGGGAAUCUUGAAAGGGUCUGCAAUUCUCUUCUUUGCUUAUGUAGGGUUUGAUGGAGUGGCAACGCUAGGAGAAGAGAUCAAGAAUCCUGGUAGA